GAAGCCGGAGCUAGCGCAGCCUCGUUCCUGCGAACUAGUCCCCGCCGCCGCCGCUGCUGCCUCCGCCGCCCCCGGGGCAUGGCCUGUCUGAUGGCCGCUUUCUCGGUCGGCACCGCCAUGAAUGCCAGCAGCUACUCUGCAACAAUGACGGAGCCCAAGUCCGUGUGCGUGUCGGUGGACGAGGCCGUGUCCAGCAACGUGGAUGAUGUUGAGACAGACCUGCUAAACGGGCACCUGAAGAAGGUGGACAACAACUUCACAGACGCCCAGCGCUUCUCCUCCCUGCCUCGCAGGGCAGCCGUGAACAUCGAAUUCAAGGACCUUUCCUACUCCGUCCCCGAAGGACCCUGGUGGAGGAAGAAAGGAUACAAGACCCUUUUGAAAGGGAUUUCUGGGAAAUUCAACAGUGGAGAGCUGGUGGCCAUCAUGGGUCCUUCUGGAGCUGGGAAGUCCACACUCAUGAACAUUCUGGCGGGAUACAGGGAGACGGGCAUGAAGGGGGCGGUCCUCAUCAACGGCAUGCCCCGGGACCUGCGCUGCUUCCGGAAGGUCUCAUGCUACAUCAUGCAGGAUGAUAUGCUGCUGCCUCACCUCACUGUUCAGGAGGCCAUGAUGGUGUCUGCGCAUCUGAAGCUGCAGGAGAAGGACGAAGGCAGACGGGAGAUGGUCAAGGAGAUUCUGACGGCACUGGGCUUGCUGCCCUGUGCCAACACGCGCACGGGGAGCCUAUCGGGUGGCCAGCGGAAGCGCCUGGCCAUUGCACUGGAACUGGUCAACAACCCUCCUGUCAUGUUUUUUGAUGAGCCCACCAGUGGUCUGGACAGCGCCUCCUGCUUCCAGGUGGUGUCCCUGAUGAAAGGGCUGGCCCAGGGCGGCCGCUCCAUCGUCUGCACCAUCCACCAACCCAGCGCCAAGCUUUUUGAGCUCUUUGACCAGCUUUAUGUGCUGAGUCAAGGGCAGUGCGUGUACCGGGGGAAGGUCUCGAAUCUCGUGCCGUAUCUGAGGGACCUGGGUCUGAACUGCCCUACCUACCACAACCCUGCCGACUUCGUCAUGGAAGUGGCGUCAGGAGAGUACGGUGACCAGAACAGCCGCCUGGUGAGGGCCGUGAGGGAGGGCAUGUGUGACUCUGACUAUAAGAGAGACCUCGGGGGAGACACAGACGUGAACCCGUUUCUUUGGCACCGGCCUGCUGAAGAGGACUCCGCCUCCAUGGAAGGCUGUCACAGCUUCUCAGCCAGCUGCCUCACCCAGUUCUGCAUCCUCUUCAAGAGGACCUUCCUCAGCAUCAUGCGGGACUCGGUCCUGACACACCUGCGAAUCACCUCGCACAUCGGCAUUGGCCUCCUCAUCGGCCUGCUGUACCUGGGGAUCGGGAACGAAGCCAAGAAGGUCCUGAGCAACUCUGGCUUCCUGUUCUUCUCCAUGCUGUUCCUCAUGUUUGCUGCCCUCAUGCCCACCGUUCUGACCUUUCCCCUGGAGAUGAGCGUCUUCCUCCGAGAGCACCUCAACUACUGGUACAGCCUGAAGGCCUACUACCUGGCCAAGACCAUGGCUGACGUCCCCUUUCAGAUCAUGUUCCCCGUGGCCUACUGCAGCAUCGUCUACUGGAUGACGUCGCAGCCUUCGGACGCCGUGCGCUUCGUGCUGUUCGCUGCCCUGGGCACCAUGACGUCUCUGGUGGCCCAGUCCCUAGGCCUGCUGAUUGGAGCUGCCUCCACAUCCCUGCAGGUGGCAACGUUCGUGGGGCCCGUGACAGCCAUCCCUGUCCUGCUCUUCUCGGGAUUCUUCGUCAGCUUCGACACGAUCCCAGCCUACCUCCAGUGGAUGUCCUAUAUCUCCUACGUCAGGUACGGCUUCGAGGGCGUCAUCCUCUCCAUCUAUGGCUUGGACCGGGAGGACCUCCACUGCGACAUUGCCGAGACGUGCCACUUCCAGAAGUCAGAGGCCAUCCUGCGGGAGCUGGACGUGGAGAACGCGAAGCUGUACCUGGACUUCAUCGUCCUGGGCAUCUUCUUCAUCUCCCUGAGGCUCAUUGCCUACUUUGUCCUGAGGUACAAAAUCCGGGCCGAGAGGUAAAACCCCUCGCAAGGCCAGCAGCGAGGCAAAGCAGACAUUGUGACCGAGGGCACUGCACCUGCUCCUGGUGACAAAGACUCUCCCGACCCAACCUGGAGGCUGCUCGGGUCGAUGGCGACCGGCGUUGAGCGCCUCCGCCCGGCGGGUUGGAACUGCUCCUUUUCUAACUAGGAAGAUGUAGGGCGGUUGGGGUUCUUUUUUCACACGAGGGAUUGAAAACGCAAGUGGCACAGAAUGUCAUCCUCCGGUCCAGCUGGGGACGAGAAGCUCCCUCAGUCGAAGCUCCUUCCUGGAGCCCGGGACACGUUGACCUGGAUGAGGAGUGUCAGCCGCCUUGGUCCCCCAGAGAGGUGGAUGUCGUCACUGGGCAAAGUCCACCCACGUGGAACUCCAUUCCUUAAUGGUUUCGUCUUUCUAAAGUUCUUCUCACUUAUGAGGAAGUCACUUUCCGAGCCAAAGUCGAUAAAUUUCAUUCAUUUUGAGAGAUUGUAUCUUUUUAGUACCUUUCGAGGACUUAUUCAGGGUAAAAGGUGUGCUUUGCUUAGGAAUAGAGGAAUCCCACGUGGCCACCCAGUGGGGCCCCACAGACACCACCACAGACGGCGAGGGAGACCACCACGCCGGCUGCACUGGGCUAGCAAGGACUAAACGAUGCCGACAGGGCUGAGGGGAAGUUGGCAGGCUCCUCCCAGACUUUUCUUUUUUUCCGCAUGCUUCUCAUUUUAAGCGAAAUAGAUGGUUUCUUCCUAGUUUUCCAGCCACUUUAAUUUUGCCCAGGAGAUACUAGAGUCCACCUUGUCAGUUUUUUUGGUUUUGUUUUGUUUGUUUGUUUGUUUUUAAGAGCAUUUUCCCGUUCUUCACGAGUCACAUUAACUACCUCCACUAAGCCUGGGAAGCCGGCCUGGGGACACAGCGGGUGUACCCCUCAAACUUCGGGGGUGGGCAACGGGGCAUCCGUGAUGGACAGGCUGGCUAGGUGGAAGGGGAGGUGCCGUGGAUGCCCCCGUUAAAACGCAGCUGCUUGCUUCUCCCGGAGCACCUAGUAUCAGUCUCCCACAAAAGCCUCUAUUUUUGUGGGUUAGGUCAGUUUACCCCUGUGAGCCUCAGUUUCCACACCUGUAAGUAAAUUGCACUAGCUCAUGUUCUGACAGGUCCCGAGAUUUCUCGGUCGUGGCCUUGAAGCUUUCCUAUCUUACCUGUAGAGAAUGAUUAAGGGUCCGAAUUUUACUUAACGCAUGGAUGUGCUUUGAGAAGAUAUCUAGAGAUUCUUUUUAUUUUUUUCACUCCUAGAUCUUUUAUAGAGAACACGAUUGAAAUGCAUAUUACGAUGUAAUUUUCAGUUUGCUCGUUCUAUACAAACAUGGCAUUGCCUUCUAGGUUCAGCUUUUAACCAGGGACACGAUUCGCCUUUAUAAAAAGUCUUCAUUAAAAAAAAAAAAAAAAAGGAAAAGUCUUCAUUUAAUUCCAAGGUGUUAGGCGUGGCACCCAGAGAGGAACUGGCCGUUGAUAGCUGGUGAAUUGUGGUCUGGAAGGAAUGGGACUUGGGUGGCCAGACUCACGCUUGGCAACAUUGGUGCCAAGGAAACCAUUCCUUCUGUGUCUCCACUUACGGCUUAGUGUGAGGGGUGACGCAUGGCAGGAUCUACCAGAGGCUGCGUUUCUCUGUGGAGACCACUGUGCUGUCAGUCAUAGGUAUUGUGGUCCAGGUUUCAAAUCUGGAAGAGUGCCUCAGCCUCUGGAGGAGUUCUUUCCUGCCGAUCCUAAGUGAGGGUAUGAUGGGGUCCUUCCACCAGGCGGAGUCUGAGUUCAGGAUACAAGAGCUGGCAGGCCGCUGGCGGGCAGGGUAAAGUAUAUUGAGCAGAGCAGGUAAGGGGUCAGAAGUCACCUGCAGGACAGCAUUGCUCAUUUGUUUGCACACUCCAGGCAGGCUGACAGCCAAACUAGGCGACUCUCCAUCCUGGUCCCUCAUCCAGUGUCCACAGGUGUCCUGGUGUGUGGCUCCCCUCGUCACCAUCCGUAGCUGGGGCUCCAGAGAUGGUGUCUGGAUUUCUGGAUCAUUUCCUGUUCUUUCCGUGAUAAGGGAGCAUCCAUCCAUUUCCUGUUUGUCUCCGUCAUGGUAGGGGUACCCAGAAGUGUCCACCUUUCCUGAUACUGACAUUAAAGUCAGACUCUUUUGCAAUUGGGUUCCAUGUGACUCUAAGGACCCAGGCCUUCCUUUCCUCUCUAGCUGAGCUCCUUCAAUUGCAAGGAAGGAAUCUAUCAGGUUAAAGCCUACACCACUGCCUCAUGUUAUCAAGAGUAAAAUGAAAGUCCUUAUGUAAAAAAAAAAAAAAAAAAAAGAGGUCCAAA